ACGGCUCCUUUAAAAUUUAUUAUACUAUUAAUACAAAUCCCAAUGCAGGAUGUAUUCGAUAUUAUCACUAUAUCUAUCAAAAUAUUUUCUCAUAGGACAGCAAAUAUGUAUACCUUCAACAUUCUGAGCGAGGCGAAACGAUUUAUUUAAUGCACUAUGAUAUUUAAUAAGCUGAUAUCUACUUACUUUAAAACCCCAACAAUCGUGUAUAGUGCAGAUAUACCCUGUUAUCACCAGUGUAAUUCAAACUGUCCUAUAAAGAUGGCGUUUCAGUACCAUCAUAUUGCAUUUUACAUCUGUGGAAUUAUUUGUUUAACUGAAAGGUCAAAAGGGGAUUAUGAGUUAACCAUCGUGCAUAAUAAUGACGUGCACGCGCAUUUCGACCAGGUUAACGCGUACUCUGGAGAAUGCACGGACAAACAAGCAAGUGAUAAUAAAUGUUAUGGAGGAGAAGCCAGGCGCAAUUCUUUUAUAAAAGAUGCACGAGAACGCUAUGAGAACACUCUUGUGUUGGAUGCAGGUGACAGGUUCACUGGGACGCUCUGGUUCAACCAGUACCACGGUGAAGCUGCAGCAACCUUUGUUAACAUGGAAAAAUAUGAUGCAGUGUGUCUAGGAAACCACGAGUUUGACCGAGGUGUAGCUGGGCUGGUGCCUUACCUUGAAAAUCUCACUGUGCCAGUCAUCGAUGCAAAUAUAGAUGUAAGCAGUGAGCCAAGACUGCAAGGACGUUUCAAUGCUACGCUUAUCAAAGAAGUAGGCGGAGUCAAAAUUGGUUUGGUCGGAUAUAUUACAACUGAUACGGCUUUUAUAUCUAAUGCAGGGCCAACUGUGGAGUUCGAAGAUGAAGUGACAGCUGUGAGAAAUGAAGUGGAGAAGUUGAAAGCCGCUGGAGUAGAUAUUGUGAUUGGGUUGAGCCAUGCUGGUUAUGGUAUGGAUAAAAAGGUAGCUCGAGAAGUGGAAGAUAUUGACGUGAUAGUUGGUGGUCACUCGCACACUUUCCUUUACUCAGGACCCCAGCCUUCUAAAGAGGAAAUAGAGGGUCCAUACCCAACCAUUGUAACUCAGCCGAGUGGGAAGACGGUGCUUGUUGUCCAGGCCUAUGCUUGGGGAAAAUACAUGGGCUUUCUCAAUGUUACCUUCGAUGAGGACUUUAAUGUCAAAUCGUGGUCAGGGCAACCAGUUUUACUGGACAAAACUAUUCCUCAAGAUCCAGCUACAUUGGAAGUUAUAAAUAAGAUGAAGAAACCCCUGGAAAAGAUAAAGGCACAAAUCGUUGGUAGAACUGUUGUCAGACUGCAGGGUGAUCCCAUUCAGUGCAGACUGAGGGAAUGCAACUCUGGUAAUCUCUUGACGGAUUCAAUGAUAGACUACCACAUUGACAAGAGGGAAUCCAAUGACACAUGGGCACUUGCUGCUAUUGCAUUGCUCUCAGGCGGAGGUAUCAGAGCUUCAACCGAACCAGGUGACAUAUCCAUGGGACAGGUGCUGACCGUUCAGCCAUUUGGCAACGUUAUCGAUAUGAUUCAGCUACGUGGAGUACAUUUACGGCAAGCAUUUGAACACUCAGUUGCAAAGUACGAUCCUCAUGAUAGACCUGGAGCCUUCUUUCAAAUGUCAGGUGCACAUGUCGUGUAUGACCUUUCAAAACCAUCUGGCAGUCGUGUUGUAUCUCUUGAAGUACGAUGUUUGAAGUGUAUAGUGCCAAAGUAUGAACCGGUUGACGAUGAAGAAAUUUACAAUAUCCUGAUGAUGGAUUUUACUAUUAAAGGAGGUGACGGAUUUACAAUGAUCCGUGAUAACCUUGUUGGACAUGUACAAAUGAAUUCCUUGGAUUCCGAUGUUUUCAAAACGUAUCUAGAAAAAAAUAAUCCAGUAUUCGCAGAUACAGAGGGCAGAAUCAAGUUUGUAAAUUCUUCAGAAACGUCUGGAACAUCUGAAACAAAAUGCACAGCAUGGAGCAUGGCAGUUUUCGUUUUUAUUUUAAGAUUCAUGAAUGUGUUCUAAUCGCAGUUAGUUAAAGCUAUUUGAAUGCCGAAAGAUCAAAUUACGAUCAGUGCCGUCAGCUUCUUUUCCUGAUUUUUUUCACAUUUAUUUGCUGUUUUGACUAUUACUGUAAUAGUGCUUGUUUUGUAUUUUCCACGUCAAAGACCUCAUGGAGUUUAUUAACUACACAGUGAUCUAUUUAAUGCCAAAAUUGUGGAAUUGUACCUAAACCCUGAUAUAGGGUUUGACAAUUAAUGGUACACCUGAGCAAAAUGACCAUUUUCCAAAUAGUUUGCUGUGAGUUAUGGCGUGAGAGUUCUACAUUGAUAUUUAUAGUUGUACAGUCAAAGGAAUAUUGUCCAUUAUAAUUUUUAUAACGUAUUAUCUUUUGAUAAAUUUUUGUAACAAAUUUUAAAACUAUCUCAAACUGUUCCUCAGUGGACAAACUAACUAUGAAAAUCUAGCUCAUGACAGUAUGAAGAUAAAUCAGCAAUUAAUAUGGCGCAGCUAGUCCCCAUUGUGAUACAAAUUACUUGUCUAUAUGAUUUAUAGUUAUAAUAAUGUUAAUAAUAAUAGAAACGAAAGGCAAUGUUUUACAUACCUAUUCACAUGACCAAAUGAUGUCUUUAUUAAAUUUAUUGUUAAUUCAUUACAUGCGAAAUAAUUGGCAUUUUUUCCUGGCAAAUGUUUGAGUCUGCUGCUGCGGUCACUGCAUCGAGAAGAUGUUCUAAUAGAUUUCAUUGUAAUAGGUCUACAUUUUUUUUUCAUUCUAACUAUCACAUAUAACACGAAAUGUUUACUGCUAAAUAAACUUAUCAAAAUGAC